AGGUAGACAGACGGACAGACAUUGAUGCCAAAACAUUCGAUUCUUCCAUCGCUAAGCUAGCUGUGGCCUGUGGGUGUGAGUUAUCGAGACCGACUGACUCACUGACUGACUGACUCUGCCGGAACUAGCUUAGCUUGCAAGACGGCGAUCGGCGACCGUACGUACCCUCUCCGGCCGCCGUGCUGCGACGUGUGUGUAGAUAGCACAUAGCAGGAUGGGGCGCGCGCCGUGCUGCGACAAGGCGAGGGUGAAGCGGGGGCCGUGGUCGCCGGAGGAGGACGAGCAGCUGCGGGGCUACGUCCGGGCCCAUGGCGUCGGCGGCAACUGGAUCGCCCUGCCGCACAAAGCAGGGCUGAACCGGUGCGGCAAGAGCUGCCGCCUGCGGUGGCUCAACUACCUGAGGCCGGACAUCCGGCACGGCGGCUACACGGAGCAGGAGGACCGCGUCAUAUGCUCCCUCUACGCCUCCAUCGGCAGCCGCUGGUCCAUCAUCGCCUCCAAGCUCCCCGGCCGCACCGACAACGACGUCAAGAACUACUGGAACACCAAGCUCAAGAAGAAGGCCAUGACCAUGCCUGGCCCUCAAAACCACCACCACCACGCCGGCCUCGGAGCCGGUGCCGGAGCCGGAGCCUUCUCCGCAGGUCCUGCCGGGUCCUGGAGCCAAUGCGUGCCGUCCUCCCUGCAGCCCGCGGCGCUCUCGCCGGCGGCGUCCGGCUCCUCCUCCGUCGACACCAGCUCAUCAGGCGGCGACAUGUGCUUCGCCGCCGCCGGCAUGUACCCGCCGCCGCACCACAUGCAGGGCUUCGUGCACGUAGACUCGUCGCCGCAGACCGUGCUUGCGCCCAUGCCGCUGGACGUCCCCGUCGCCGGCACCUGGGCGUCGUCGUCCGUGCCUGGAGCGAGCAACGUCGGCGGCAUGGCGCUGGAGGACGCAUUCCUAACAGACCUCAGCGCCUACGGCGACCUGCUGCUCGGCGGGUUCGGCGGGCUGCUGCAGGACAACAAGGCCACCGCCGCCAUGGAGCUCCCCGGGGCGUGCUACUUCCCCAACAUGGCGGAGUUGUGGGCCGCCGACCACGCCCACGCCCAUGCCAAGCCGCCGCAGGGCCUCUGCAACACGUUCACAUAGGACGAUUCACGAAACGAUUUGCACAGUUGGAUUCAUCGCUGCACGCGUAAUUGAGAUCUUGCUCCUCCGGUCCUCUCCGAGAUUGUGUAUGAGAGAUCAAUCACAUGUGAAUUAUGCUAUACUAGAAUAGAUAGAAAGAUGUGCUCAAUUUAGUUGUGGAUUAUUACAUAUAUAUGUACUUUUGAAUACUCAACUGAGGUGUGGAUUUAUAUGUA